GCAGCCACACCAAUGACCUCUGAGACCGUCGCCGUGGCAGCAGGCAGUUAGACCCCCCCUGCUCACCCCUCCCAGCCUGCCUGGGAUGCCGGUAUCGCUAUGGUGAUUUACCCACACCAUCUCCCUCCCUGUUUCCACUGCUUCCUGCCCACCUCUUCAAUGAGCACUCGAUGUUUCCUGACACCCAGCCCUUGCAGCGCCUCCUGAGCCCCCCUGGUCUCUAACCUCCCCCCCCCGGUAUGGACUGGUCUCUGGACGGACUGCGUGGCCUGGUGGCUGGCGGCAUGCAUGCUGUGCGGGACUGCGACGCCAGCGCCCUGGCCACCGUGAGCUGCCUGCUGCUGCUGUUCAUCUGGUACUGUUACCGCGUGGGGCGUGAGCAGGCCGCCACGUCCCCCCGGAGCUACAGAGCCGGAGUGGUGGUCCCCUCCAGCGCCUCCCUCCUCGCGGAGCGGGGUGACGGGGAGGGGCCCCAGAACGGCUAUGCCUACUGCCACUCCCCCGAGUGCUUCCGCUGCACGGCACACAGCGAGGGGCUGAACCAGCGGCUGUACCACAACCUGCAGGAGUACGCCAAGCGCUACACCUGGGCCGGCAUGGGCCGCGUGCACAAGGGGGUGCGGGACCAGGGGCGCUACCUAGCCAGCCGCCCCUCCAUCCAGAAACCAGAGGUGUUCUUCCUGCCGGACCUGCCCACCUCCCCCUACUUCUCCCGGGAUGCGCAGAAGCACGACGUGGAGCUGCUGGAGCGGAGCUGGCCGGUGCUGCUGGCAGAGUUUGAAGCGGUGCAUCAGGGGUUCUCCAACUGCAGCCUGUCCCCCUCGCAGGGCUGGAAGGUGAACAGCACCCCCCACGGGGAGUGGCACACCUUCUACCUGGUGAACCAAGGCGUGAGCGUGCCGCAGAACUGCCGUCGCUGCCCCCGUGCCUACCGCACCCUGGGCUCACUGCGCACCUUCAUCGGGAACAACGUGUUUGGGAACGCCUGCUUCUCCGUGCUGAGUCCCGGCACACUCAUCACAGAGCACUAUGGCCCCACCAACGUGCGGAUACGCUGCCACCUGGGGCUGAAGAUCCCCAGUAGUUGUGAGCUGGUGGUGGGCGGGGAGCCCCAGUGCUGGGCUGAGGGGAGCUGCCUCCUGUUCGACGACUCCUUCCUGCACACUGCCUACCAUGAAGGCAGUGCGGAGGACGGCCCGCGCGUGGUCUUCAUGGUGGACCUGUGGCAUCCCAACGUGGCGGCGGCAGAGAGACAGGCCCUCGACUACAUCUUCACCCCGGGGCGGUGACUCCCAGAACAGAGAGAACGAGAGAACAUGAAAUAGAAGAGAAGAGAGAGAAAGCCAGAGAGAGUCUUCAGACUUCAUUCUGACUCUGUUUAAACUGUGGUAGUCUUGAUAGAAAGGUUUCUGUGUCCCUCCUCUCCUCCUGCUCCAGGCUCCAUCUCCUGGAAGUCUUCUGUUGAGAUUUCAUAGAGAUCCGGUAGAGAUGUUGAGAAGCUGUGUACACAAACAAGCCUUGCUUUCAUCCCAGAGAACAAACCGUUGGGUGAACAAUGCAUUGAAACGUCCCUGCUGCCUUCCGUCAACCCCCUUAUCUCCACACCCUUAACCCAUUCACACCACGUGGUGUUUCUUUCUGCCUGCCUAUCUAUCUGACUCUCUAUCUCUGUGCUGUGUGCUUAUUUUAUUCAUAAGGAAGGAGGUGAAACUGCUUUCUUUACAUGUCGUGGCUCCUGGAGCUGCUGACGCAGGGACACUGUCUGCAGUGAUAAGGCUGUGUGACAGCAGGCACAGAGAACGGAUAUUAUAUCUGGUGUCUCGGCUCAGGGGAAACUGCCCUGAUGCAGGCAGACACGGAGAGCUGUUUGAGUCAGCCUCUGUUUUGCUGGCGGUGGAGUGCAGAAGUGUGUACGGAAACAGUAGUGGUCAGAUGUCCAGCUCGAUACAGUUCAACCCAGUCUGAAGCCUCAUCACUGCUACCUGCAGCAGUGGGAGUUUAGAAACAACACUUUGAACCUUUUAUAGCUGUAGAAAGGGCACUGCCUUCAAGUCCAAGUGCUGGUGUUUGUUCUACUGCCAGCAUCUUGCAAGAAACCCCCAACGAGGCUGACCUCUCCAGCCUCAGCUCGUUCUGUACAGCCGCCUUCAGUGGAGCGGAAGGUUUUUAAAUAGGGCAGAGCACACCCCUAGCUUGUCAUGUGUGAAUAGUUUCUGUCAGGCAGUAGGUGAUCCGAGUGCUGAGAAGACACUCUUGCAAACAAGUGUUAAUGAGCAGAGCUUUUUGGUUUGCAGAGAGGGACGAUGUGAUUUUUAACAGGGCUUGUCUUUGCCCUGCAUCGUUUUUUAAUAGCUUCAAUUCCAGAGCACAAUAACUUGACUUUGUGAGACAGCUUAGUGUAUUGAAAAAUAUCUUUCUGUUGUGAGUUUGUGUUCAGUGAUCCACUGAUUUUAACAUUAAGGAGGCGCCUGAUCCUGCCUGGAUAUCGUGAACAGUAAAUGACAGGGCUGUGAUAGGCAGCGCCUUACGAGAGUCCCCCGUUUUAUAAAGGCGCUCCUGUGUUGCUGUAGUGCUGAUUCAGAAUGGUCACACAGUGGUAUUUAUACAGUAUGUGUUUUUUGUUUGUGAUGAUUUGUAUUGUUUAGUUUGUGUGAUGAUUUAGUGCUGCACACGCACACACUGAAAAUUAAAUGCGCAAAAGCUUUGUUUAAAUUCUCUAUGAGCUGUGCCUGGGACUUUGCGUAGGGCUCUGGGGACUCUGUGAGAAUGGCGGUGCAGUUUGAGCUCCCUGGUCUGCAGUGUGCACGGUGAGGAUCAGAGAGCGACGAGCGUCCUUGCUCACUGCACCAGCCUGUAAUCCCAUUCGGCUUCCCGUGACGUCAGCAGGCAGCAUGUGGAUUGACUUUUGGGACCCCUGCAAAUUGGAGCUGCAGACACACUGGGGAUGAUUACAGUAAGCUCUGUCUGCAGAAGCAGGCUGGGUUUUGGUUUUUUUU